AUGUCGCUGCUACUGCCAUCGAAUAGACACUGUUACAAACUGAGUAUAUCAGCUCCACUGGGUUAUGUAUUUACUGUUCUUGCACGCUUACGUUCGUCAUCGGCAGAAAACUCUGACUCACCUGCUAAAGGUCUCCAAUCAAUCAAUAUACUUUUUGGUGACAGUAAUCAUAUUCUUACAAACGGUAUAUCAACUUGUCCAUUGAUGAUAAGGUAUUAUGCAAACCAGGUUAUUAGUUCCAUGGUUUCUAUAGGAACUCAUUUGGAAGCAUUAGUAAGUUUGAAUGAAUCACGAAAUCACCAGAUUAUUGAAUCUAUUAAUAAUAAUCAAAUGAAACCAGAUAAAGCAUCAACAUCUGGAAGCUUGAUAAGUAGUUUGGAAUUAGAUGAACUGGAAUACAAGACAUUGGAGAACUUAGAAAACAAACAAAGAGAACUAAAGGAACUAUUAGCUAUAUGGCCUAAUCUUAAGUUGUUCAAACCAAUCUUGUUAUCAAUAUUGCAAAGUUUGAUAGGAGAUAAUGGGACUGCAGAUAUGAAUUUUGCAUGGCGAAUAUUACAAAUGGAUUAUACUACAGUGAAUCCAUUUAAGGUGUUCUAUGGUCAUGACACUAUUUCUAACCCACCACCAGCAACGAUAACAAAACAAAAAUCUAAAGCUUCUGGCUCACGUGGAGAGAAGACUGUGCAACCUGUGAAGGCUAACACAGUCGAAGAGACAUUUAUCAACCGCUGGAGUAAACCAGUUGAUCCGAACAUACUAAUUGCUGUAGUACGCAUACAAUCAUUAUUUCGUGGACAUCGCAUUCGAAGUGCGACACUUCUAAACCAGACAAGGUUUAUUGUGGAAACGCUUUCUUCUACCAACUCACAAUCGGAUACUGAAAACACUGAAACAAAAUCGAAAUUUUUCAUGCGUAAGAUACUACUAAGAAAAAUUAAACGUUUAACAAAUGGUUGGAUGAAUUGCUUAAAUAUAUUACAACAAGGACAUAAUCAAUAUGAGGUUGGAAAUGAACUUAUUCAAAGGUUGAUCUUAUCCAAUUCUUCAGUGGUAAAUAACUGUGCGAUACAGACAAGACUGAUUGAAGAUCUUAAUCUCUAUCUAAGUGUUAAAGAAUAUUCCGGUACAUAUUUCGAAAUACCUUCAGAAUAUCCUAUGCAUAACACAGGACCUUCAAAUUAUGCAGAAAAACCCACUAGCAUAUUUUAUAAGGACUGGAUUCAUCUUUUGUUCCGCGAUUGUAUUUAUUUACCAAAUUCAAUGAACAAUGUACCUAUGGUAUCAGAGAAAGUGAAGUAUUCCAUUCAGAUGAAAACUGCACUACCUCACAGUUACAUCUUGUUGAUAAACAAUGAUAAUGGUGUAACUGUUCGACCAUCAGUAGACUUCCCAUACACUUGGUUACAUCUACCUGAAAACAACAUGGGUUAUAGUUUACUGGGUGUUGCAGGCAGUGGACCGGCACCAAAUGGAAAAUGGAGUUUACAAAUUUUGGGUCCAGGUAUUAUGGGAACUGAAAGACUGCCUAAGCCAGCGAAUGCUUCGUCUCAAAGUUUAUGCUCAAAUUUCCAUAUACUUGAAUUGGAAGAUUACUAUGAACCAAAUUCUAGUGGUUUAUUAUUUCGACGUCGAAUAUGUGCUAUUAAUGACAGCUUGAUAACAGUUCAGUUGCGAUUAUCUGUUCCGAAUGUAUAUACACGAUUAUGCAUUAAAAUGGGUAACAAGGAGGUAGUGUUUGAUGACGGUUAUGGUGGUGCAUGUAUUUUCGCCUACAUGUUAUUAUCUGAUACAAUGUCGUCAGAUGGUCGAAAAAGUCGGGCGUCAAAUUCAGGACGUCUUCUAGAGGCCUCAAAAACUGAAGUUAUUAAAUCAAGUCCUAGAGAAGUGACGAAUCCAAAACUUACAGCAGUCAAAUCAAAUACUGCCAGAGUAUCUCCACGAAAAUCUACAACACCUAAGAAAAACAUAAAACCAGGGAGUGGUUCAAGUAGUUCUACUGGCGGUAGUACGGUAGGCAGUAGUGGCGGCAGCAGUGGUAUUAGCAGUGCUCACAAUGAAAGAAAUAGUCGCCCCGUAUCGAGUGAACCAAUUUCUGCUCAACUUCAAGGUGAUAAAGAAAAUACCCUGAAAGACGAGGAUCGAUAUUAUUGGAUUGAAGCCUUUGUCGAUGUUAAACAGUGGCCAUUAAGUAUCAGUAAUUGGUCAUUUUUAGAGGAAAGGCGGUUAGCUAAACUUGAAGAAUGUCAAGUGAAUAAUCAGUCUAGAAGUGCCUCAGCUGAUAAAAGUUCCAGUGGUAGAACCGUAAAAUCUGCAACAAAGUCUGCUGGAGGUAAAUCCAGUGGUGUUGGUCAAAAAUCUGGUUCUGGACGUGGUAAUUCCGCGAAAAUUGAUGUAAAUCAGGCUCAUUGGAAAAUAAGAAUAAUUUGUAAUAACUCUAGUGAUGUGAAAUUAAUUAAUGCGGAUAGUAGAACUGCAGAAAUUAAAGCUUUAAAGAGAGCUUGGGAGGAAGUGGAACCAGGGAGAUCGAUGAGAGGUGAACUUUCAAGAACGCGUUAUCUUGAAGAAUAUGGUUUAAUGAAUAGACCGGACUUAAUAGAUGAUACUGAGUCAGUCAUUACAGCCAAAUCUGAUGACAGUCAAAUUCAAACUGCUAGGGAACAACCUUUAACCGACCCUUCAUCAGAUCCGUCGAGAAUUUACGUCCUUACAUUCCCGCAAGAAUUAAAUCGAACUGUCAGUCAUGUGAAACCGGUCGAAUUACAAAAGUUCACCAUGAAACCAGAUGAAGUUGAGUUGAAUCGAAUUGACGAAGCAAGUAAAUUGGUUGGUCCAAAUACUGAACAAUGGUUUAUUGCAUCGCAUUAUCUACAGCAAGUCCAACUGUUGCCGAAUAAUGAUAUGGAUAAAAUGAUAAAAGUGAAACGGGAAAUAUUUAACAAACUGAUGCAUAACUUGGAAAUGGAACUAGCCGAUCAUAAGAAGAAACGUGGUUUGUGUCAACAAAAUCACAUUGUUAUGCUCAAGAUCGCUCAGUUUUUGAACGAUGAAGCUCACUUUAAAUACUAUGACAUGUGUACAACGUACAGGAAUAAUUUAAUCAAACAAUAUAAAGAGGAGAAAGAAGCACUUUUGAAUGAAAGUGCUGAUUACUCUGCAGUUGAACCACUUGUAAGUCAACAAAAAAGUCCUAAAAAAGAAAGAAUAAAGUCAUCAAGAAGUUCAAAGUCAGGCUCAAAAAGUCGUCCCAGUUCAAUUAAAAGAAGGAGUUAA